UGUCAAUGUAUACUUUGACUCGAUCAUCAUUCCAUCUUCUGAUUCCUCAUCGAUUGUCAACGCCAUUAAUCGCGCGACCCCAUCCAUUGGCGCGAGAAAUGUCUUACGAAUCUUCUGUUUCCAAACUUCCUUCCUCACUGAAGGAUCUUGUCGUGACUUCGCAAGUAGAUGUCGGAAAGACUGAAGCCGACAAGGCUGAAGUAGCGCAGUGGAUUGAGAAGCUUGCGGAAGAAAAUGUUGCUCUUCAAGAUCUUGAGACCCAACUUGUCCCUCGCACAUAUAUUGUGAGCAACUAUCUUACUGCAGCAGAUGUUGCUCUAUAUGGAGCACUGCACCCAAUCUUUACGCAGCUACAACCUGGUUAUGACUACCCUGCAGUCACGCGUUACUUUGACCACAUUCAAACACGACCAUCUGUACUGGCUGCUGCAAGUGCACUGUCUCCACCAUUUUCUCUUGUUUCUUUUGACUUCUCGUCUGCCCCUCCAAUUGAGAGGAAAGUGGAUGCGCCAAAGAAGAAAGAGAAGGCUGCAGCUGUGGCGGAGCAGGCCGAACCGACACCUGUAGCGGUAUCAAAAGAGGAUAAAUCACCCGAAGAUAAACCCAAAGAAAAGAAAGAAAAGAAGAAGGAUGCGGCCGCUGCGGAAAGCGGAAGCAAGAAAAAAGAGAAAGCUCCUGCUUCUGCUGGCGGCAAGGCUGUUGCUGAAGAUGCCGGUGAACCUGUGCCUUCAAUGAUUGAUAUGCGGAUUGGUCACAUUGUUGACGUAAAAAAGCACCCUGAGGCUGACAGUUUAUACAUCGAGCAAAUCGACCUCGGUGAGGAGACUGGUCCACGAACAGUUGUUUCUGGUCUCGUGAACUAUAUACCUAUCGAAGAAAUGCGGGAUAAGUACCUAGUUUGCAUCUGCAACUUGAAACCCGCGAACAUGCGUGGAGUGAAGAGCUUUGCGAUGGUCCUAGCUGCAACAUCAAAAGAUGGGAAGGACGGUGGCGUUGAGCUUAUCCAACCUCCGCCAGGUUGCAAGCCAGGUGACCGGGUGUACUUUGAGGGCCCCGAUUACGAAAACGCCCAGCCAUUGACUCAAAUGAACCCCAAGAAAAAGAUAUUUGAGACAAUUCAACCAGGAUUCACGACGCUAGAUACGAAGGAGGCAGCGUGGAUCAACCCGGUAACCAAAUCAGUUCACAGGAUACGUACCAAGGAUGGUGUUUGUGUUGCUCCGAACUUCGUUGGAGCAUCGUUAUCAUAGAUAACACAGGUAUAGGGACGUAGCCGAAUAACCUCAUGCAAGGUCUAUCAAAUAC